UUUUUUAAUACCCGCACCAAGCACUUAACCUCAUUAGGGUGGAGGAGAAGGCGGUGGCGGCCUGGUGAGGCAGUGGCAACUACAAGGAAUAAUAUGGCUAAUGGACUGCUGAAUUCCAAAGUAUUUGAGACCCAGUAGUAGAACAUCACUCUGCCACUCACUCCUUUAUCUUUUACUAGUUAUUUAAAAACAACUUUUAAUAUCCUACCAGCUGCGCUUCAGACACACAUGGUGCAUUGUUGCCAUUCCCCGGAUUACAUCUUUGAAACACAGACUCUUAAUAAUCUUCAGCAAACAAAGAGACGACCUCCUGGGAACAUUUACUGGGAGGGGGUGUCACCCUGACUGCCCUCUAGCUUUUUCUGGAUCUGGAUUUGAAUUUCACCAUGGAGCAGCCUCGCAUGGAGUCCUGUCUGGCACAGGUGUUGCAAAAGGAUGUGGGGAAACGACUGCAGGUUGGCCAAGAACUUAUAGACUAUUUCUCAGACAGACAGAAGUCUGCUGACCUUGAGCAUGACCAGACCAUGUUAGAUAAACUUGUGGAUGGACUUGCUACCUCUUGGGUGAACUCUAGCAAUUACAAGGUGGUUCUUCUGGGGAUGGACAUCCUGUCUGCGCUGGUUACCCGGCUGCAGGAUCGGUUCAAGGCGCAGAUUGGCACAGUGCUGCCAAGUUUAAUAGACAGACUGGGAGAUGCUAAAGACUCCGUGAGGGAGCAAGACCAGACUCUGCUGCUAAAGAUCAUGGAUCAAGCUGCUAGUCCCCAGUAUGUGUGGGACCGAAUGCUGGGAGGCUUCAAGCACAAGAAUUUCAGGACUCGGGAAGGCACGUGUGUUUGCCUUGUUGCCACACUUAACGCCUCUGGAGCACAUACUUUGACACUAAGCAAGAUUGUGCCACAUAUAUGUAAUUUACUCGGAGAUCCAAACAGCCAGGUUCGAGAUGCAGCAAUAAACAGCUUAGUGGAAAUCUACAGACACGUAGGAGAACGUGUGAGGGCAGAUCUGGGUAAAAAAGGAUUGCCACAGUCCAGAUUGAAUGUAAUUUUUACAAAAUUUGAUGAAGUCCAAAAAUCUGGAAACAUGAUACAAUCUGCAAAUGAUAAAAAUUUUGAUGAUGAAGAUUCCGUGGAUGGUAACAGACCUUCCUCUGCUAGUUCUACAUCAUCCAAAGCCCCAACAACUUCACGGAGAAGUGUUGGAAUGGGGACUACCCGUCGGCUUGGAUCAUCCUCUCUCGGGUCCAAGCCUUCAGCUACAAAAGAAGGAGCUGGUGCUGUUGAUGAAGAGGAUUUUAUUAAAGCCUUUGAUGAUGUACCUAUAGUGCAGAUUUACUCCAGCCGAGACCUUGAGGAAUCCAUAAACAAGAUUAGGGAAAUACUAUCUGAUGAUAAGCAUGAUUGGGAGCAAAGAGUUAAUGCACUAAAAAAGAUUAGAUCUUUACUUUUGGCUGGUGCUGCUGAGUAUGAUAACUUCUUUCAACAUUUGAGACUUUUGGAUGGAGCCUUUAAACUAUCUGCUAAGGAUCUGCGGUCUCAGGUAGUGCGGGAGGCUUGUAUCACAUUGGGGCAUCUAUCAUCAGUUCUGGGGAAUAAAUUUGACCAUGGAGCUGAAGCCAUUAUGCCAACUAUCUUUAAUUUAAUUCCAAAUAGUGCCAAAAUUAUGGCUACUUCUGGUGUUGUAGCUGUUAGGUUAAUCAUUCGGCACACACACAUUCCUAGGCUAAUACCUGUCAUAACAAGCAACUGUACUUCUAAGUCUGUUGCAGUUAGAAGGCGCUGUUUUGAAUUUUUAGAUUUACUUUUACAAGAAUGGCAAACACAUUCACUGGAACGACAUAUAUCAGUAUUAGCUGAAACAAUAAAGAAGGGAAUACAUGAUGCCGAUUCUGAAGCAAGAAUAGAAGCCAGAAAGUGUUACUGGGGUUUCCACAGUCACUUCAGCAGAGAAGCAGAGCACUUAUACCACACCUUGGAGUCCUCGUACCAGAAGGCCCUGCAGUCCCACUUGAAGAACUCAGAUAGCAUUGUGUCGUUGCCACAAUCUGAUCGCUCAUCUUCUAGCUCUCAAGAGAGUCUGAAUAGGCCGCUCUCUGCCAAAAGAAGUUCUACUGGGAGUACCGCCUCCAGAGCUUCUUCAGUCAGUACCAAAUCUACAUCAACAACUGGGUCCCUCCAGCGGUCUCGAAGUGAUAUAGAUGUAAAUGCAGCAGCCAGUGCCAAAUCCAAAGCCGCCUCAGCCUCAGGCACUACACCCUUCAGCUCUGCAGCAGCCUUACCUCCAGGGUCAUAUGCAUCCUUAGAGUCCAGACACAUGAGGGAAGAUGUGGAGUCAGUAGGCCUUGAUUCAGAUGGUACUGCCACUAAAGCAGAGGGUCGGAUUCGUACAAGACGACAAAACUCCGGGAGUGCCACCAACGUUGCCUCUAUACCUUCUGAUAAUCGAGGCCGCAGUCGCGCUAAAGUAGUUUCACAGUCUCAGCCUGGCAGCCGGUCAAGUUCCCCAGGGAAACUGUUGGGAAGUGCUUACAGCAGCCUUGCUGGAGGUUCCUCCAGGGGCCCGCCUGUGACAUCCUCUUCAGAAAAGCGAAGCAAGAUUCCCAGGAGUCAGGGAUGUAGCCGAGAAACAAGUCCAAACCGAAUAGGAUUAGCACGGAGCAGCCGUAUCCCUCGACCCAGCAUGAGUCAGGGGUGCAGCCGCGAUACCAGCCGUGAGAGCAGCCGAGAUACAAGCCCUGCUCGGGGCUUCCCUCCACUGGACCGGUUUGGGCUUGGCCAGUCAGGAAGAAUACCUGGUUCUGUGAAUGCCAUGCGUGUUUUAAGCACAAGUACAGACCUGGAAGCUGCUGUUGCUGAUGCUUUGCUAUUAGGAGACUCCAGGAGCAAGAAGAAACCUGUGAGGAGGAGAUAUGAGCCUUAUGGGAUGUAUUCUGAUGAUGAUGCCAAUAGUGAUGCCUCAAGUGUUUGCUCUGAGCGCUCGUAUGGUUCCAGGAACGGUGGCAUUCCCCAUUAUCUACGGCAGACUGAGGAUGUAGCAGAAGUUCUCAACCACUGUGCUAGUUCAAAUUGGUCAGAAAGGAAAGAAGGGCUUCUAGGCCUGCAGAACUUACUGAAGAGCCAGAGAACACUGAGUCGGGUAGAAUUGAAAAGAUUGUGUGAAAUCUUCACACGAAUGUUUGCUGACCCACAUAGCAAGAUUGCUGAUUCAGAACCAGAAUGUGAGGAUAAAGAAGGAAAUUUCUUUCCAUCAGAAGGCUGUUGUACAAGAGUUUUCAGUAUGUUUUUGGAGACUCUUGUUGAUUUUAUAAUAAUUCAUAAGGAUGACUUGCAAGACUGGCUUUUUGUUCUUCUCACACAAUUACUUAAGAAAAUGGGGGCAGAUUUACUUGGAUCUGUGCAAGCAAAAGUUCAGAAGGCUCUAGAUGUCACGAGGGAUUCUUUUCCAUUUGAUCAGCAAUUUAACAUUUUGAUGAGAUUUAUUGUGGAUCAAACUCAGACUCCUAACCUCAAGGUCAAAGUUGCAAUCCUGAAGUACAUUGAGUCUCUUGCCAGGCAGAUGGAUCCAACUGAUUUUAUAAACUCUAGUGAGACCAGACUUGCUGUUUCUAGAAUAAUAACCUGGACAACAGAACCAAAGAGUUCAGAUGUGAGAAAGGCAGCACAAAUUGUACUAAUUUCGCUGUUUGAGUUGAACACUCCUGAAUUUACCAUGUUACUUGGUGCCUUGCCGAAAACAUUCCAGGAUGGUGCCACCAAACUCCUGCAUAACCAUCUCAAGAAUUCCAGUAACACCAGUGUGGGCUCUCCGAGCAAUACAAUUGGCCGGACUCCCUCCCGACAUACCAGCAGCAGGACCAGCCCCCUGACCUCACCCACCAACUGUUCCCAUGGGGGCCUGUCUCCAAGCAUGCUGGACUAUGAUACAGAGAACCUGAACUCUGAAGAAAUCUAUAGUUCUUUGCGUGGAGUAACAGAAGCCAUUGAAAAGUUUAGUUUUCGAAGCCAAGAGGAUCUCAAUGAGCCAAUUAAACGAGAUGGCAAGAAGGACUGUGAUAUAGUAUCCCGGGAUGGUGGAGUUGCCUCCCCUGCCACUGAGGGCCGGGGAGGCAGUGAUGUGGUGGAAGGAGGCAGAACUGCUCUGGAUAACAAGACCUCCCUCCUCAACACCCAGCCUCUGCGCACCUUCCCAGGGCCACGGGUGCGAGACUACAAUUUGUAUCCAUACUCAGACACCAUCAACACCUAUGAUAAGACAGCCCUGAAGGAAGCCGUGUUUGAUGAUGACAUGGAGCAGCUUCGAGAUGUGCCCAUUGACCAUUCUGACCUGGUAGCCGACCUUCUGAAAGAGCUGUCCAACCACAACGAGCGAGUGGAAGAACGGAAAGGUGCUCUCCUGGAGUUGCUCAAGAUCACCCGGGAAGACAGCCUGGGCGUCUGGGAGGAGCACUUCAAGACCAUUCUGCUCUUGCUGUUGGAGACACUCGGAGACAAAGAUCAUUCCAUUCGAGCACUAGCAUUGAGAGUUUUGCGGGAAAUCCUGAGAAACCAGCCAGCAAGAUUUAAAAACUAUGCCGAGCUGACCAUCAUGAAGACUCUGGAAGCCCACAAAGACUCCCACAAGGAGGUGGUGAGAGCUGCUGAGGAAGCUGCGUCCACCCUGGCAAGCUCUAUCCACCCAGAACAGUGCAUCAAGGUGCUCUGCCCCAUCAUCCAGACAGCCGACUACCCCAUCAACCUUGCUGCAAUCAAGAUGCAGACGAGGGUCGUUGAGAGGAUCUCGCGGGAAUCCUUGCUGCAGCUCCUUGUUGACAUCAUCCCAGGCUUGCUGCAGGGGUAUGACAACACUGAGAGCAGCGUGCGGAAGGCCAGUGUGUUUUGCUUAGUGGCAAUUUAUUCCGUAAUCGGAGAAGAGCUGAAACCUCACCUCGCACAGCUCACAGGGAGCAAGAUGAAGCUACUAAACUUAUAUAUAAAGAGGGCCCAGACCACGAACAGCAACAGCAGCUCCUCCUCCGAUGUCUCCACACACAGCUAGUGGAACGCCAGAGUCCCUGUUGCCCUAGAACAAUCGGUGGUGCCUCUCAGAGACCUUUCCCCACCCUCCCCUUCCGAGGCUGCCUGGGCGGCGGGACAAGAAGGCCCGCAAAUAUUUAUUACAAUCAGUAUUUUGGUCCCUUCCACCUUUUGUGUAUAAUCUUACUGGUAUUGAAUGUAAAGGAAGCAAGGCCUGUUGUGCAGUCUUCGUACAAAACAAAAGGAAUGAGAAAUGAAGAGCCAUACAUGUCUUCUACAGCCUACUGAGAUCAUAAAAUCAUGGGUGUGGGUGCAGUUUACAAAAGUCAGAGAGCCCUCUAGUCAAUGCUGAAUUGGAAGUAGUUUUCCCUUUAGUUAACAGAGUUGAGAGUGUGUCGAUUUAUGUCUCUCUGUCAUCUUAGCCUGCUUGGUUCUGGAUAUAGUCUGUAUGGGGCAGAUGACACCCCCACCCAAUCACAGCUGACACCAUGAAAGGGUUGGUUGUAUGUCUUUAAAUUGUAUGUUGAGACCUACUAGUAAUAUGAGUCACAUCUUGGCAAGAAAUGGAGAAGAGCCUGAAAAUGCUCUCCAGUUCCAGGUUUUAACAAGCCUGGAAUUUUGCUUAUACUAUCUAGACUGAAGGCUGACUGCCCUCACUUUAGUUUAUUGAAAGGGCAUCCCCACCAUCUCCUUCCAGGUCAGGCUCCCAGCCCCCCUGAACAGUUCUGGGAUUGUUUCCUCACCACAGAGCUUCUACUUAGAAGACUUCUUCAAGUUUAUAUCCAAACACAAAAAUGACAGGAUAUUAGUAGCAUCAGUUAGUGGAUACCUCAAAUGGCAUAUCAUGAAGCAUAGAAGAUAUGAGAAGUUUGUUUUACUACCAAGGUCUUAAGGAAACACAGUUUUACAGGGCUUCUCUCAUGAUCCUGGUUCCUGGUCUUUCUGACUUGGCUGCUUCUUUUCUCUCCUCCGGCCUUUGCCUAUUAAGCUGCUCAAUUCUAAAAUGUUUUCAUUUAAUCUGGUAAAUGGCAACUGUAAUGCCAUCUCAAUUUUCACUUCUCUAUUUCAUUUGGGACUAAGAUCAGACAGAGAAAAGUCUAGAGAGACCAGGUAUCGGCAGUAUUAUUAUUAUUUUUUUUUAUGGACUGAAAUACUUCCUUGAUCAUCUGUUGAAAUAAUCAUUGUUUAAGGAAAAAGUAAUUAUGGUGAGUGACAAAUUGCUGAAAAACAGGAUUUGAAAUUCAAUUUUAGGGUUUCCUUUUUUUUUUUUUUUUUUCAGUAACUACUCAUAAAAGUUUUGUGAGGGUAUAUUGCUUCAAAUUAUUAAUUUAAAGUCUGGUUAAAUAAGUUUGGAGUAAAAUUCUUAAAGCCAAAUGGAAAUUCCUGUUGCAAUCAUGAAGAUUUCUGGGUCUUUUGCUACUUUAUUUCAGAGCCUCUAAAUUGAAGUGAUUUGUACAUAAGGAAAAUGCUUAUUCUGGUAUUAAUUUUGAUGAGGCAUUUGCUGUUUCAGGGCAGAGUCCCUUCACUGCCAGCAGUGAGAAGCAGAGAUUUUUAUGGUUCUCACCUCUGACCUCCACAGGCACCCCUCCCUCUUCUCUUCUCUGACCCUCCAGCGGUGAUGUUGGAAGUUACGAAAGACAGUGUAGCAAACAUAACUUAUUUUCAUUCACAUUUUAUUUUAGAUAGUUUAUUUGGAAAUAGACACUAAAAAUGAAGGUCCAGGAACAGUGAAGCCAGGGUUCCUUCACUGUGGGGGAGUAGGGGGCAUCUUGCACUUGUAGGGAGUACCAUGGUUGAAUAUGACUGGCUUAUGUUUGGCUCAGAACACAGCAGGACCAGGCCUUACUUUUGUUGAUAAAUACUAUUUGUUAAUAUUUCACUAAUGGGACUUUUUUUACACUCUACAAGUGAGUCAGAGCAGAGCGUCUUUUCAUUACUCUGUUGUACAAAUGUUGAUUCUGGCUAGGUUAUUUAUGAGUUCUUUUAUGCCUAAUACAUUCGGAAGGACUUUUCUCUUUCAACUGUGACUCAGAGAUCACCAUAGCACCUGCCUGUAGUUGGGAAGAAUCUUGAACAUUGUCGGAUGUCCUUGUAGUACUCACAAAGGGCUCACUUUAAAUGUCACUUGCCUGACCUUCAGUCCCUGACUACAAUCACUCACAGGUCUCCUGGCCACAAUCAAACUGCUGCCUGCCACUAAGGAGAUUUGCAUGCUGCUGCCACCUCACAGAAAGAGGCUGUGCCUGCCACCCUCGGAAUCCUGACGGCUGCAGCUCCCUGGCCGCUUCCCUGCAGGGCACCUGUCCACAUGAGACAACGGGACACAAAAAGCAAAGCACCCAAAGCUGGGUUUGUCUCCCCUGUUCACCAGGUGGGCCCCCAGAAACCCACCUGAACCCACCACUGGGGCCACAUGGUCCAGCUCCUGCUCUCCUUCAAACUGCUGCCCUCCCUUGAGACCAUGGUUUGUUCCACAGGUUGAGGGCAAGGGCAUGCCAGCAGUCCUUAGUAUACCAUGUGCUCCAGGACGCAGCACCCAUUACUUGCUCACCAAUUCCCUGCGCAGGUAAUGCAGCAGACUUAUGUCAUCUUUUUUCUUUCCCCGUUGCCCUUUAUUUAUCAAGCAUAAUACACAUCAAAGAACAGCAAAUAAAAACUUUUUAGAUCCCACAGGACUUGGCUAAUAAUGAUGUUUGGAAAUGAAAAAAGAAAUGCUCUGAAAAAUGUCAGCCACUGAAGCAGUUUUGUCAGCACUAUGUUUACACGCAUGGUCCCCAGACCCCAUGUUGGAUUUUUGUUUUGGGGUUUUGUUUGGUUUUCGUUUGGGGUUAUUUUUUUUUUGGCUUUUUCUAUUACAUCCAUAUCUGUAUUUAUAUCUUAUUUGUUUCACUUUCAAGUGUAUCAUGGCAAAUGUACAGAUUUUUUUGUUAAUAAUGUGCUAGGAUUUGCUAAAAAAGAAAAAAAAUUCACUUUUUUGAGUUUGCCCUAGAAUAAAUAAAACAAUUCAGUUUCCUGCUUUGA